CUUAAUUGACCGUUGUACCGCGCGUGAUACGUCGACUGUAAAUACUGAUGGCGCAGAAGAUUUUUCAGUCAUUCCGAAGGAUUCCAGGACAUUUCCCUACUUUUCGUAAAAAACCAGACCUAAAUGAUGUACAAGGGUCGAAAUAUAGAGUUUCAGUCUGUUCCGACUAUGGAUAUCCUUCCAAACCCACAUCGGUUGCCUAUGACCCUGUUAUUGAUAUGUUAGCUGUCCUUACACGUGAUGGCAGCAUUUAUAUAUACGGGAAACCAGGAAUAGCCUUUUCUGCUAUGCAUGAAACGAGCGCUCAGUAUAUUCAAGUGGCUUUUCUGAUUGGCACUAAAAAAUUGGUUACGCUGACAGAUUCAGAUGAUAUAUAUUUAUGGGAGUUGACUUCAGUAAGUCAGUCAUCUAGUCAACUGGUCCAAAGAUCAUGUCUCAAAAGGAUUACAAGCCAACUUAAGUCCCUACCUAGUGGGGUCCCGAACUCAUCCGCCAACAACGAGGGAACCAGUCACGUCACUGCUUUAUGCUAUGCCUCUGACGGUCGUAGCAUCCUGAUUGGAACUGACAAUGGUUGGGUCGCCUCUGUUCGUUUAAACACAAGUGCGGCCACCAGCGAUUACACAAAAUUUUGGUGUCCACCUUCAGCUGAUGAUGCAAUCAAUCCUUCUCGAAUACUUGAUGGCAUUUCGUCUGAUCGUCGUCAACGUCUACGGGCAGAUGCUGUGGUAGUCUUAUUAGAAAGGCCAGGGUUUCCUGGACAGCUAUUGAUUGGAUACAAUUCCGGUCUAAGUUUAUUAUUUGACCUCCGUUCAGAUCGUAUUAUGGCACUAUUACCGUGGCAGCAUGGCCUGGAAGCUGCCGCUUGGUGCGGUGGUAGCGGCCAGCCGAAUAAGUCAAGUCCGACGUCACAUUUGUCCCAACUGGGGAUGCGUCUCUUAACUGCGCACUCAGACGGGUCUUUGGGAGUUUGGAGUUUGAAGGAAAUUGGCGUUGGUACGACAACAAUAUCUCCUGUUCAACCACCCUUGCUACAAAUGGAAGAAGCCCCAAGCAUGCCGUAUGGACCUUUCCCGUGCAAAAUGAUCAGCAAAGUUUUCUGGCUUCCAUCUGCUCUAGGAGGAAUUACUGUAUUUGUUGGUGGAAUGCCACGUGCCACAUAUGGCGAACGCCAUACCGUAAGCAUAUUGCGUGGUUCGAAUAUUGACCAGGCUGCUAAUGCUAGUGUUGUAGCUGCCCGACUUGCUGUGGCAGCUGAAGCUGAAGAUGAUGACGAAAUACCAGAGGAAAGUUCAUUAUCAGCUCCGAUACACGUCUUUGAUUCUGAUGCACCUGAACAUGUGUGUUUGGACUUGCCAUCAAGUCUUAUUGAUUUAAUUCCUGUUGGUUCUGUUGAUGGACCUGUUCAAAUGCUAAUCCUUUUAUGUGAAGAAGAAAUGGUUGUGAUUGACCUUAUCACUUCUGGUUGGCCUUUUAUGCGUCCCCCCUAUUUAACGUGCUUGCAUACAACAUCCCUUACUACAUACAAUUUAACUACACAAGUUAGCUCAACGUUACUAUCAAAUCUUGAAGCUGCCGGUUCUUACUAUGGCCCUGAAGGACGUUUUGGUCGUGGAGGAGCAAUUGCUAAUAAUCCAGCAGGUGGAGGUUGGUCUUCUCUCCCUUGGCCAAUACAAGGUGGCCAUGCAUUAAUUAAUGGGUCUCGGUUGUCUACAAGCUCUUUGGGUGGAAAUAUUCUGUACACAGAUGACUUACUUCUUACUGGUCACGAGGACGGUUCCGUCGCAUUUUGGCGGCUCAGUGCAGGAGGCUGCCUUCGACGCAUUUAUACCUUGUAUACAGCUAUCUUAUUCGAGGAUGUUAGUCAGUUGGAUCAUCCUAAUGGUGUCGAUGAUGAAGGCGAUGCAUGGCCUCCCUUUCGCCAAGCAGGUGUUUUUGAUCCUUUCAUGGAUGAUAGCAGAGUAGCUAUACAAUUCAUUGAUCUUGUUGAUAAUACAUUGGUUGUGGGUGGAGCUGCAGGUCAGGUAAUUGUAUAUCAAUUUCUUAAUUUCACUCCACAUAUUGAACCGGCAAUUGUAACAAUUAAAAAAUCAGUACCUGGAUUUCAAUGGAAAGGACAUGCUCCUCUUACGCUUCGAACAUGCUUCAGCAGUAAUUUCAUUGCUAAUUCAGGACAGCCUACUCCACUUCCUGCUCAAUUACAAGCUACAGGUGUUAUUUUCGUCCAGCCUCCUGCACGUAUUACAUCUCUUCUUUUGAGUGAAUUUGAAUUAACUCAUCUAAAAGAAUUUAGUCAGAACCAAACUAAUAACUCUUCUGGUGGUGGCUUGCAAAUUUUACUUGCACUCGGUACACCACAUGGUUUUGGUGUAGUUUUCGUACCUAAACCUUUACCUAAUAACGAUUCAGAUACACAGAAACCAUUAGCACCUCAAACAUUACUUGCCGUGUCAACAAUACCGGAAAAUAUCGAUGCUCUUCAAGAAGCUGCUGCCGGUGAAGGUUGGGCUAGGCGUCGUACUCGAGAACUUAAGAAAAGUCUUCGCGAUUCAUUUCGACGUCUUAAAAGAGUACGAUCAACUAAAUCAAACGUCCAGCCAGUUGUCUCAACUUCUACUGUUAAUGUUAGUCGUGCUGGUAUUCGACGAACUGUAACUCAAUCUAAUCGUACUGCUCCCAAUCAAACUGAUGGGACCCCUCUUGAUGAAGCAGAAAGACGCAGUGGACGAGUCCCAGAUGAGAAUGUCUUAUUAAUAUCACAGUAUAAUGUUGAAAGAGAAAUAUGCGAUCGUGUUCAGGAUUCUGCUAGUGUAGCUAUUGUAUCUUGUUUUGCAUUUGGUCCACCGUUGUUUAAACCAAGUCCAUCAAAUUCUCGUCCAACAAUACAUCCAGUCGCAACACUUUUUAUUGGUACUAAAGCUGGAACUGUUAAAUUAUAUUCUAUUUUUGUUGAUAAAACAGUAUCGAAUCCAUGCGUCCUACCUAAACUACAAUUGUACUAUUCUCGAGAACUCAUUUUACAACAUCGUGCUCCUGUUCUAUCACUUCGUCUGAUCGAUGCUAAGUCAAGCAUGCCUUAUUCAUUAUCAGAUUGGAAACAUUACAUGUCUGAUGUUGGCAAAUCUCAUAAUCUACCUGUUUUAUCAGUUGUAAGUGAAGAACAAAUACGGUUAUUUAAUUUGCCUAAUUUACACCUGAAAUUUAAAGCCCGUAUUACAGCUAUUGAUGGUUAUCGUAUUAAAUCUGCUUCGGUAGUUGGAUUUCGAGUACACGGAAAGAUCAAUUCAAAAGAAUCCACUGCUGAUUCUGCUUGUGUUGAUCUUGAGCGUUCAAACGCAAGUGGUGUAUCUGUAACAUCGCAUGCAGAUCAAAAUUGUGAAUAUUCAUUUGUUUUUACAAAUGUUGGCGGUCAAGCUAUUGUUCUCAGUAUGCCACAACUUCGUCGAAUGGAUACUUUACAUCUAUUAGAUUCUCAUGAUGUUGUUGCGGUCAGUUCAGUUGUAUUUUCUCAACCUGGUAGUACAAACGUAAAUACUUCAUGUUAUGUACAUGGACCUGCUCUCGGACUUUAUCAAUUGGCACCCGGUCAACUUACACUUUUUGACGUUGUACGUACUGGACAAAAAGCCAGCCCACUCGGAGUAUCUUAUCGUCCUAUAUAUCGACUAUCUCUUAUUGGCAAUGCAAAUGCAAACAUGAAAACUUUAUCCGAAAAAACAAACAGUGUUGGAGAUAGUAGAAUUGCUGAUAGAAAUGUUUUAUCAAACAGUCAUUUGCAUAAUGUAUCACAGGCAUCAACUGUAUUCACUCCAUCUGUACAAAACCAAUCGAAUUCUAUGUCAUCAUCACAUAAUCUAAGUGAUUCGGUAAUAAAUGGUCUCGUUUCACCUACUGUAUGAUGCGCAAGUGACGGAGUCAAUUACAGGAAUCGUGCAUCGUGAAUAAUCUAAUUGAUUGUUCAAAUUAUGCUAAUCUGGCCAAACUAUAUACAACUUACCGCAAACAUAUCAUGCUUUCCUUCUUCCUACAUCAUAUCGGUUUGUUCUUUGCAAUCACUGUUUUUACCAUGAAAUAAUCUUCAUUUCCCUAGGCUAACAAUCUUGAUGUAUGGUUUAUUCGAGAACUGUGACUGAUUAAUGCUGCGGGUCUUUUUUUUUUAACGAAUCUAAUAUAAUCUGUCCGUAAUAAGUUUUUUUUUCUAUGUGCUUUUCUUUUGCAUGUAUGUUUUUGUUUUCCUUCAAUUUGUUUUUACCUGAUGAUGUUAUCGCAAUCAUAUUGCAUUGCUUUGAUUUUUGUUUUCAUUAUCUUAAUAAUUAAUGUAUGCACAGUUCUCAAACCACCAGGAAGAGAGAUAUGUACUUGCAGAAUAUACACUAUGAUAAUAGUCUCUGGUGAUAUAAAUACAUAUAUUUAUAUUAUCUUCGAAACCUUUAAUACUACUAUAAUAAAAUAUGCAGUUGAAUUUUUUUUCCCACCUGAUUUGGUCCUUUUUUUUUAUUUACGUUUGUUGUGUACUUGUAAACUUGACUUUACAGACAAUGGAAAGAAGGUGCUUGUUUUUAAACAAAUUGUUCGUUUCAAUACUAUUUAUAUCAAUGGUUGAUUUUAAUUUAUCCUUGUUUUUUUUUUCAUUUGAUUACACAAUUCAUCAUUCAUUAAUGAAUUAAUAUGGAACAUUGUUUCAGCUAUUGUAUACACUUGUUUUUUUUCUUUUCUAAACGGAUAAACAACUAUAACUAUUUCUGGUGAAUAAAGUAAAAAUAUGCUUUAUAUUUCAUACUUGUAUGUGUUUCUAUAUUUUAAUAAGAAUUGUAAAUUUUUAUGAAACUUAAUUAGUGUUCAUAAUAUUAAUUUAACAUAAUGAGUAGUUGAGUAAAUUUUUUUCUUUUUCAUAUUAAUUAUUAUAAUACGUGUGUAUUCAAUGACACUAGUUUAAUUUUGCUUUGUUUGAUGAAGAUUAUUUCAAUGAGACUGAAAAGAAUUGAGCAUAUUCACAAUAUUAAAACAGUUUAAAAAUGAUGAAAAUUUAACCUGUGUGUUGGUGCCAAAUAAAUUCUAUAAAAAAA